UCUGCCGCCAGAUGACUCAUAUGGCCUGCAGACAGCAGAGGCUGAACGUGUGUCGUGCUUAUAUGUGAUGAGUAUAAGACUGUGCCUCAUAGUGUGAGUCCGUCCGCUAGUGACUCAUCGUGAACCCACCACGUGCCAAGAAGUUUGUUUUGUGUUAAGAGACUAGUUAUGGAGGCAACCAUGUACGAGGACGGGUCGUACAACAACUACUCUAAGGAAAGUGUUAACCAGAUGAAACGCAAAUUGACGCUGGAUUUCAACAGACCGUCCAAGAAACAGCGACCAGGAGGUAAUUUCAACCCACUUCUAACUUCCCCGGACCUCAACCAGCUGAAGUUAGCCUCUCCCGAGUUGGAGAAACUGAUUAUGCAGCAGGGGGGCAUCCUCAACAGCAACACGGUGACGACGCCCUCCCAAUUUUUCUUCCCGAGCAAAACCGCCACCGUCGAGGAGGAGGAAUUCGCCAAAGGAUUUGAGGACACUUUGGAACAGCUGCACCACCAGGAUGCCAUCUCCACCAGCGGUAGCGGCACGGUCGUCGUGACCAGCGUGGCCCCUUCAGUGUCUUCGGCGCCCCUUCAGUAUACCCAGCUGGAUGUGCGGUUCCUGUGACGUCGGGCGCGGCCGUAUCGCUAUCGGUGAGCGAGUCCCAGCACCAUGUGGCGGCGCAUCUGGGCCUGUUGCCACCUGCGCACAUCAAGGAGGAGCCGCAGACGGUGCCCAGCGUGAGUGGCUCGCCUCCGCUAUCGCCCAUCGAUAUGGAGUGCCAGGAGCGGAUCAAGCUGGAGCGCAAGCGGCUGCGGAAUCGGAUCGCGGCGUCCAAGUGCCGCCGUCGGAAGCUGGAGCGCAUCAGCCGUCUGGAGGAGAAGGUGAAAACGCUCAAGGGCGAGAACAUGGAGCUGCAGGCGGUGGUCAACAAGCUCCGCGACCAGGUGUGCUCGCUCAAGCAGGAGGUGAUGGAGCACGUCAACUCAGGGUGCCAGAUCCCCUUCGUAACGCAUCAGUGACGUGACGACGAAGCACCGUAACGUGCCAGAUCACCCAAAUGGACCCAUCCUGGCUGGCCCGCGUGUUUGUGGCCCUGUGCGAGGCUAGCGCCGUACCCUCCCUACAGCAACCUGUAGGAGGCCCGACGGCCGCAGUUGUACACGGAGUUGUAUGUGGAUGCCCGAGACCUGGUUUCUGUGAGAGGCAGCCAGGGGGGGCGAAUCCCGGUGAGGGCGGGAAAUAUGUUGUACCGGGGCUGGGGGAGCAGAACCACUAUACCGGGGUCGUUCUAGUCAAGUGAGCGCGUGGACUCGGCCGCCAUAGUGCGCUCGCCGCCCACCCGCGCCCACCGCACGCCCGCGACGCGAGGCGACGCCCGCGCCUAAUGUGAUAGUGCCGCGUGUAUGCAAAAAAUGUGCUAAAAUACUUCCAUUUUUAUUCUUACUACUGCAGUGCUUUACCAGACACGAAUUUUUUCUAUGGAACACCCAGUCAUGGCUCAGCCGUCACUUUGUUGGUUCACAGAUCUAUUGCUGUUUCUAUUUCUUUAUGCAGUUUGAUGUACAAGGUCAGUCAGUGAUACCCCUUCUAAGUCAUGUCAAGAAUUUCGUACCUUGUGUUGUAACUAAGUAUUACCGUGAUAUGAAAGUGAAAUGUACGAAUGAAUUUUUAUAUAAAUUAUGUAUAUUUUAUAUGCAAAUGAAACUAUUUCUUGAUUUAUGCAAAAUGUGCAAAGCAAAACUUUUGUAUGAAGCUUUUCUUAUUUAUAAAAAGAAAAAUCUUAUAAAAA